CUUCUUCAAAGAGAUCAUUGUCAGCUCCUUCGCCUGCGACAGCUGCUCCUGGUCCAACACGGAGAUCCAGUCUGCGGGCAGGAUCCAGGAGCAGGGUGUGCGCUACACCCUGGCUGUCACCUCCCGGCAGUUCUUACCACCAUUGAAGGGAUAAUUGACAGAGCUGUUGCGGGCCUGGAGCAGGACCAGCCUAUCCGCAGGGCAACGAACGAAGAGGUGGCGAGUAAAAUCGAUGAGUUCAUUGGCAAACUCAAGCAGCUGAAAGAAGUACAUUCCCCCUUCACCUUUAUCAUCGACGAUCCUUCCGGGAACAGUUUUGUGGAGAACCCUCGUGCCCCGCAGAAGGAUGAGGCUCUCGUGGUCACUCACUACAGGAGGACACCGCAGCAGUCUGCCAUGCUGGGGCUGGAGGGAGAGGAGGUGGAAGAGAAGCCAGCUGAUUCUGCAGAGGAUCUGAGGAAUGAGGUCCUGCAGUUCAACACCAACUGCCCCGAGUGCAACGCUCCAGCUAGCACCAAUAUGAAGUUAGUGCAAAUCCCUCACUUCAAGGAAGUGAUAAUCAUGGCCACAAACUGUGACUCCUGUGGGCACAGGACAAACGAGGUGAAGUCCGGAGGAGCAAUUGAAUCUCAGGGCACCAGGAUUACCCUUCGGAUUACAGACCCUUCCGACAUGACAAGGGAUAUCCUAAAGUCAGAGACGUGCAGCGUGGAGAUCCCCGAGCUGGAGUUCGAGCUGGGCAUGGGAGCGCUGGGGGGGAAAUUCACCACGCUGGAAGGGCUGCUGAAGGACAUUGCAGAGCUGGUGGAGAAAAACCCCUUCACCCUGGGGGACAGCUCUAUGCCCAGCAGAACAGAAAAGCUGCAGGAGUUCAUUGGGAAACUGCACGAGAUCAUGGAGGGAAAGACAACGGCUCACUUCAUCAUGGAUGACCCUGCAGGCAACAGCUAUCUGCAGAACGUGUACGCCCCAGAAGAGGACCCGGAGCUGAAAGUGGAGCGCUAUGAGCGUACAUUUGAGCAGAACGAAGACCUGGGCCUGAACGACAUGAAGACGGAGGGCUACGAGUCAGAGGGAGCCCCAGGCCGGUAGCAGC